AUGCUGCGAUCUGUCAUGCACCUGCUCCCUAAGUCUCAGGCGGCUGAGGAGAUCCCUGGACACAUCACAGCUGACAAAAAGCGGAAGGAAGGAGUCAAGACUGAAAACAACGACCAUAUUAAUUUGAAAGUGGCAGGGCAAGAUGGUUCAGUGGUGCAAUUUAAGAUUAAGAGGCACACACCACUUAGUAAACUAAUGAAAGCCUAUUGUGAACAACAGGACACACCUGCACAGUUGGAAAUGGAGGAUGAAGAUACAAUUGUUGUAUUCCAGCAGCAGACAGGUGGUGUUUACUAA